AUGCUUGGUCUUACAUCAACGCGGUCCGCCCUGGUGGCGGGUACGCUUCUUUCGCUUGCAUCUCAGGUGCUGGGACAUAUGGAGAUGAGCUGGCCUUAUCCCCUUCACAGCAAAUACAACCCUGCAAACAGCUACACUGUCAUUGACUACAGUAUGACUGCGCCGUUAUUUGCCGACGGCUCCAACUUUCCUUGCAAAGGUUACCAAAAUGACCGACCAAUGGUUCCUGUCGCUACAUACUCUGCUGGUUCAACUUACAACAUGACCAUCGCUGGAAGUGCUGUUCACGGUGGUGGUUCCUGUCAACUUUCUCUGUCAUACGACAACGGUGCUACUUUCAGAGUUAUCAAGUCGAUGAUUGGAGGAUGCCCUUUGACUUCGACUUAUGAUUUUACCAUCCCUUCUUAUGCGCCUGAUGGAAAUGCUCUUUUCGCUUGGACAUGGCAGAACGAGAUGGGCAACCGCGAGUACUACAUGAACUGUGCGGUAGUCACCGUCGCAGGCUCCUCAGCAUCCAAGCGCGACACUUCGAGCUUCGAGGCUCUGCCAUUUAUCUGGAAGGCCAACGUUCCUGGCGUCAACACUUGCACGACGACUGAGGGCGAAGAUCCUGUCUACCCCAUGCCCGGACCUGAUGUU